CUUGUGUCAAAGUUGACUGGGACUGCGCUGUCACGUCUUUGUUGCCGCUGUAGCUACUCUAAUGUUCUGAGUAAAAGAGCAGCAUAUAUGGAAAAAUAACAACUUCCCUGCCGAAGAAUCUGUUAAAAAACACACGCCGGUAGGCCCAAAAGAUGGACGAUAGGCUGAAUGGUUCCUUGCCUGUCGGGUCCUCGGAGUAUCUCCAGCAGUGGAUUCAGUCUACUCAGCAGUUCCAAGCUCUCCAAGCCCAGUACUCCGCUUUCAACCAUCAGUCUCACUACCCAGAGACGCAGACGGGAGCAACAUCCGCACCUCCCAUGGUUAACCCUCAGCCCAUGAUGGAGCAGCAGGAGCCUGCCAACCUGACCAAACCCCCAGCCAAAAAGAGAGGCAGACCAGUUCAGCCCAAGGAACCAGGCGCACCUAAACCACCGAAAGUCCCAAAGGCCCCAAAGCCCCCAAAGGCACCUAAGCCCCCAAAGGACCCUAAUGCUCCCAAGGCCAAACCGGGCCCGAAGCCUAAGAAGAACACUGAGGGUCAGGCUGACGGAAAGCAGGAGAAGAUUGAUGAGAGCUUCAAGAAGGUGAAGCGGAAAGUGGACCGUUUCAAAGGAAUGUCUGAGGAGGAAGUCAUGAAAAAAACCCUCCCCGACCUGCUGGAGCACAAUCUGGACUAUGUCAUCAUUGGCAUCAAUCCAGGCUUGAUGGCAGCUUACAUUGGACGCUGGUUUCCUGGUCCUGGAAAUCAUUUUUGGAAAUGUCUCUUCCUUUCGGGGUUUACGGAAGAGCAGCUCAACCACAUGCACGACACCACUUUGCCGGGCAAGUACAAAAUGGGCUUCACCAACAUGGUUGCCAGGGCAACGCCAGGGAGCAAAGAUCUCUCAAGCAAAGAGCUGCGCGAAGGAGGCAAAAUUCUUGUGGAGAAACUAAAGAACUACAAACCUCUCAUUGCCGUCUUCAAUGGCAAAUGCAUAUAUGAAAUGUUUUGUAGAGAACUAUUUGGUAAAAAACCAAAGAAACUUGAAUUUGGUUUGCAGCCACACAAGAUCCCUGAUUGUGAAGUGGCUCUGUACCUGAUGCCUUCAUCCAGCGCUCGCUGUGCUCAGUUCCCUCGCGCUCAGGACAAAGUGCACUUUUACAUCAAGCUGAGGGAGCUCAGAGAUGAGCUGCGGGGCACAGCCAGGCCCAGAGAGAUCGAGGAGGUCAACUACUCCUUUGACCUGAACCUGGCAAAGGAGGAUGCCAAGAGGCUUGCCAUCAAGGAGGAGCAGUACGAUCCAGGCUACGAGGACGCCUACGGUGGCGCAUACAUGGAGCCAGGAGCUGAAGGAGGCCAGGGUCAGGCCAAUGGACACUGUCCCUUCUCACCAAGUGAAAACACAGCAGAGCGAGCACAGGAGGCGAGCACAUCGCAAAGUUCAGAAGGCCAAUGUCCCGAUAGACAAUGGAAGUCGCAGUCAUUCGGCAAUGAGAUUCCAGACAUCAGCGGAGGAGGAGAAGACGGUGGCGUGUGAGGAGGAGAAGACGUUAGCGAGGCCACGCUGCCAUCCUCCCGUCGUGAUAAUAAUCAUUAGUGGACAUGGUACAGGCUUAGAUAGACUUGGUAGGCAUUUUGCAGAAUCUUCUUUCUGCUCUCAUUUUAGAAUUUUGUUUUGUUCUUGUGCGAUGAUCUUCACGGACGUCGUUUUCACCGACCUCAAAUCAGGGACAAUGACUUUUUGACUGUCCUUUUUAAACCGCUCAUUUGCUGCCGAAAAGGAAAACUGGCUCAAUCUUGCACUUCACACUCCGGACCAAUUGGGGGCAGCACACUCCUUGAAACAGCUAACUUCCCUAGCAUCACUCUGUUUGAAUUCACACUCUUCCGUACGUACACUUAGCAUUUUGAGUACACAUGUAAGUGGAUUCACGCUGAGAAGUACGGCAAAACGCCGUACACUGUCAGUGCCCGGAUGGUGAGUGUACGGCGAUAGACCCUAACCACCCUCCAUCAUCGCCAUCUUGGCUACGUAGUGGAAGGGGAGGGACUAAGUUCAGUGGUUGCAGUUGGAUAAAUAUUGCAGUAGUCAUUUCCGGAUGUGGGACAGCACUACACUGUCCAAAUUGACACUCUUAGGAACCAAGUAUGCAGUGUACACAGUAUACUUAAUGUAAAGUGUAAGUACGGAAGUGUGCAAAUUAAAGCCCUCAGCUCUCAACUUCAUGGACAAACCAUUUGAGACCUACAGGAAGUGCAGCUAAAACAACUUCAGUUCUUAUGCGAAGACUUUCUUCAAGAUUUUGGACUGUGUCCAUCUGUGGGGUCUCCCGGGCUUGUCCUUUUUAGGGACAACCAAGGACUCGUCCAGCCUCACAUUGAUUAAGAGCUGUUUUCUAAGGCUCCCAGUGAUCUCCUAGUGACAGAAAUACUGCACAGUGAUGCAGUAAGAGUGAGCAUCGAGGACUACUGCUCUUGGAGGGUCAAAAAGUGCUUUUCAGCGUGGACAGAUGUCCUUUUUAAGAAUGUGCUUUUUAAGAAGCUAUGCUGUUACAUCAACUAAAUGAUGCUGUGACUUGUCUUUUAAAAUGUACAUCCACUAUGAACUCACCAUCCGGGUCUCAAACGCAUCACGGAUUCCACCGUGAAUUACCUCAGCAGCCUUUCGCCAUGAACUUAUUGUUUACUCUUCAGCAGUUUUAGGUUUUUUUAAUGUUAUUGAGGACAUUAGGUGAUGUUUGUUUAUUAAAAUAUCCUGAUGGUGCUUUUUUUUUUACAUGAUGGCAGUUCGCUUUAAUGUUCUUUUUCAGCCACUUUAACACACUUGGAUGUGUUUUUUUUUUUAUUAUUUUUUUAAACACCAAAUGAAUGCAUGCACACACCUUGUUGUCGUCAUGGCCUCCACUGUCCAAUGAGGUUGGUGGUGGUCACCAGCAGGCUGUCAAUCACACCAGUUAGUGGAUUUUUUUUAAUAUGAAAAUAAUUGUGUUUUUGGCAACACACUAAAUACCAGGAAUAUAUCCUGGUAUUUAAUCUAUUUUUGUGUAUAGGUAGAUUAAAUACCAGGAAUAUGGCCUGGCAGUUCAUCUGUUUUACAUUUCUAGGAUGAUUUUCUUUGCUAUUUACUUAACGAUGGUAAUGUUAAAACACCACACCAAUCAUCAAGCCAAUAUUUGUCUUUACCUCUUUAUGAGGAAGAAGAUCCACUCUGCAGUCAACAUGAGUGGAGUCAGCAGACAGAACAAAGUUCUGAGUGGAUGGGAUGUACCGGCACCGACGUGACCUGUGUCCCCGCACGCUGCACACAGCACUGCCAAUACACAGAAUAAAACAUUUGACUUAUUAGAAUAUUUGCUCGUGAAGCAAACGGCGAUUUUAUUGGAUUUAAAAUAAUCUUUUAACCCUUCAUAGUCCAGGGUAGGAUUUUGUAGUUUUACAUACUUUCGUGUUGAGAGUAUUUACACUCAAGCAAGUCCUCACGCAGUUACAAUUUACCAUGUACACAACAAAAAAUGCGUCCCAUUCCAAAAAUACUUUUUUUUUUUUUUGUCCACCUAAAAAAAAAGCUGACAAUUAACGUUAUUGAAAUGUCACACCUGUGUAAGUAUUUGUUCACCUUUCCACUCUCCCUCUGCGACCAAACGGCUACUGGUGCUUUAAUUAUCUGAUGACAAGCUCUUCCCCACACAUACACGGGUGGUGUCAUGUUUCAUCGCCUGUUCACUUACACUUUGAAAGCGGGUGUCUUUCCUCCAACGAAAGCACUUACA